CCGAGAAGCACGUUGACAUGUUUAUUGUUGAAGCUGCUGUGAGCUGCCGACCCGAGUAAAUAUAUGAUCCAGUGUUAAAACAAUUACAACAGUUGUGAAGAUACUAUAACACGCAAAAGCAGCAACGUGAGCCUGUGCAUAGAGCAGCUGAUAAUGAGAACCUCUGCGAGUUAGCUAAGCCUGCUAAUUCUGAAGUUAGCAUCGGUAGCUGCAGGACACGUUUCAGCCGCGAAAGAGAACUGCUGCGUUGGGACGACCAUGGAGUCUCCAAUGGUUGUUCCAGUCAUCGAUGUCCAGAAUGAGACCUUCAAUGAGCUCUGGCCUGCGAUGGUAGUGGCCAUUAAAACGUCUUCCUUCGUUGCACUAGACACGGAGCUGAGUGGUCUUGGGAAUAGAAAGUCCUUGCUGGCCGAAUCCAUAGAGGACAGAUAUAAAGCCAUAUGCCAUGCAGCACGCUCUCGCUCCAUCCUCUCCCUGGGAAUUGCCUGCUACAAGAAGCUGGACCUCAAGGCUGCAGACACAUACCUGGUCCAGGUGUAUAACCUCACCCUGCUGUGUUCAGAGGAGUACAUCAUCGAGCCCCAGUCAGUCAAGUUCCUGGUGCAGCAUGGAUUUGACUUUAACAAGCAGUAUGCUCAUGGAAUCCCUUACUGCAAAGGCAAUAACAAGGGAGCAUCUGAUCACCAGGGGGUCCACAUCAGGGCGUUAUUCACUGAACUGCUGCGUGCCAGGAAACCCUUGGUGUUCCACAAUGGCCUCAUUGACAUGGCCUUCCUUUACCAGAGUUUUUAUGCUCACCUGCCAGAGCGUCUGACCACCUUCACUGCCGAUCUGUCUGAGAUGUUUCCUGCUGGUCUCUAUGACACCAAAUACAUCACUGAAUUUGAGCUCCGGUUCAGUGCCUCCUACCUGGAGUAUGCCUAUAAGAAGUGUAAGCUGGAUAACAGUCGAAGUUUGACCUCUGGAGGGAGUGGAAAUCAUGUUCAUGUAGAGUUCUGUCAUUAUGCCGGUCAGAUGUCCAGCUAUGUGGACUACAGAGUGUGUCCAGUUGUAGAGUCUCAUGAGGGACAGACUGACAUCUGCCAGCGCUUCUCUGCAUUUGGCUGGUGUCCAAAUGGUACCCAGUGUCCAUUAUCCCAUGACACUGACCUGAUCAUCCUCCAGGAUGAGAAACACGUAGAUAACAAGAGAAAAAAAAGGAAGAGACAGAAGAAGAGAGAUGGAGGAGAUGCAGCAGAGGGAUCCUCCAUAUUUGAUGGUGCCCCUAAAAACAAAAAAACCCACAUGGAGGUGGAUCAAGAAGAAACAGAUGACCAGCAAAAGGCAACUCCUGAUAUGUGCCCAGAAAAUGUGCCACCAGUGGACAGUAAUGGAAACACCCAACAGAGUGAAGGAGAGAGGAUGAACACAGAAAGCAAGGGGAAUGGAGUUUGUGAAGACAACACAGACUCAAGAAACUCUGUAAAAAUAGCCCCAACUGAUGAGACCAAGAUGAAAACCAACACAGACGACAGUGUAGAACAAACAGCAGAUAGAGGACAAGAGAAGUUCAGUGACCACUCAACUGGGACGGACGCUCAAAAGAAGAAGGCUGAUUCUGGAACUCAUCGAGCGGGCUUUGAUGCCUUUAUGACAGGAUACAUCUUUGCUUACUCACAUACCUUCGUCAAGAAUAAAGAAGCAGCAGCUGUAAAGGAGGACUGCAAGGAGGACGAGCAGUCGUGGCUUCCUUCCUGUGUCAAUAAGGUUUAUCUCAGUGGAAAGGCAGCUCCUCUCAACGUGGUGAAAAGCACCUUCUCUAAAUCAUCCAAGGCCCACAUGCAGAAGAUGGGGGUGGUGUGGGGAGGGACAAAGUAGUGUGCACACUUGCACACAGCAGGGCAGUGGUAGUUUAAACAAGUGGAGGUUCACAAUCUAAGUUUGUAUUCAUACUAGCAGCACAGCUCUAUUGAUCACAAUUUAUUUUUCUACCACUUUGAUCCAGACUGAAAUAUCUCAACAACUUGCUGUGAAAUGUUGGGCCUGUUAUGCCCAGUAGAUGAACCAUCCUGAAUUUGGUGGUCCACUGUCUUUUUCCCUAGGUCAACCAUGAGCUUCACAUUUUAGUUUUUUGGGGGAAUAUCUUGGUUACUUUUCAAUGUCCACGUUCCCAUCAGGCUAAAUUUUAAACCCUUUGGUGAUUCCCUGAUGCUUCAUGUAGAACCAUGAACAAGUUUUAAUUUGUCGGAUACUUAUUCACGAUCAAAUCCCAGCAAAACUAAGUAUAUUCUCAAAAGCGUCGACUUUCCUUUUUGUUGAUCAAUUAAACGUUGGCAUGAUAACAAGCUAAACUGUGAUGGUGAACUAAUUGUACUUUCAUUGAGAGCGUGUUAGCAUUUUAAUAAAAAAAAUGUUUUCAUGCAUAUCCAUGUUUGUUUUAUGAUCCAAUCGUUUUUAUUUAUCUGGCAGUCCUGUUUUUUUUUUACCUUAGUAAUCAAAGUGUAAAGCUAAGUACCUUGAGAAAAGAGAGAAUAAUGGCCUUAGUGACCUGAUUGUAAAUCCAUCAUUAAAUUGCAAUUCAGAUGUUUUCCUUUCAAUUGAAUUAGCUGUUCUGAAAACUGAACAAGAAAGAUGAAGACGGAUUAUGUCAGAUUUUGUAAAAUGACCUCUUUCUGAAAUAACACAAACUUAUGAUUGGU